UUUCAUUGAUUAUGGACAGUACUUGUGAUAUCUUCCAUGUGGAAACAAUAGAAACUUCCUCUCUCAUCCAACUCAUUCCGAGAAUAGUUUGCAAUGCAUAAACUUGUGAUAUUGCCAUUACUCUGCGUCGCACUAUCGCUCCUCGUCGCCUCUCAGGAUGAGGCUGCCAAUCAGAGGUUCUGCUUCCGCUUUACGUGGCUCGGGCCGCAGUACAACGCCGAGAGCACAUAUUUGAACGCCACGUGCGAGUAUCUUCUCAACGGCGCCAGCGGAAUUCCUUGCCAGCAUCCGCUGGUGGUGACAAACACCAGCACCGAGCCCAACACGCAGUACAUGUGGGAUCACUAUCAGAACGAUCGGACGCACAUCGCAUGCAGAUUGGCGCCGGGCGACGUGUGUGUGAAGUACACCUACUCCUUCAAUCAGGCCGUGCAGAACAUUUCAUACUUCUGCACGAAGGUGAACAUUGAGAACGAAGGAGCUGCUACUUCCGGCUGUUACACGGAGUAUCGCAACGGGAGGGAGAUUGAAGUGUGUGUCUGCCGGAGCGUCGCUGGCGAGAAGCCGUGCAAUGAUGCGGCGAAAAUGAUGCCCCACCUCGUGGGACUUUUUGUCGCAGGAUUUGUCAUCGUCCUGCAACAGUGGGCGUCGCGAUGAUUUAUGGACUCUGGCGGCCCUGUCGCCUCCUUGAGGCACAUGCACGCGGCAAAACCAAUAUUUAUUGCAUGAUAAUCUACCAUGGCGCCGAAGGUGGAUGGGAAUAAAUCUUGAUUUUAUACCGCAUUUCUGUGGUUUCUCACCCACUCCCGAACAUUCUCCACGCGCUCGUGCUCGCCGCCAACUCGAGAGCAGAGCCUCAUGUGGCGUUCUUGUGAUAAUUUGCACUAAGCCACUGGAAUCAUUCUUUAAAUCCAAAGUUUUAAAGCAAUGGGCGAAGGAGAAAGGUAUUACAUGGAAAUAAAAAUUUAUACCGGCGGUAAAUUUCAAUUUAUC